AGGAAAAAGGGGAAUUCUGCACGCAAUUAGUCCUUUGAACCGUGGUUCUUUCUUGAGAGCCUCGAGUGGAGACGGGGGUUGGUUAAUAUCCUGUAGUUGUACUCCAAGAUAAAAGUGAUAUAAAAAUCUCAGAGGGGAUUAGGAUUCUGAUGCAAUACUGCUUCUUCAGCCCUGGGGCAUCAAAGCUGUGAAAUCGGCAACUGUUAUUGCGCCGAUUGGCUUCUUCGAUACAUGUUCAGGAUGGAGAUUGAUUCAUCAUCAUCAUCCGAACCCAACACGCCUCCGCUUUCUCCAAAAGAUCAUAUACUCAAGAGGCUUGUCCUGAUUGGAGUUCCUGAAGACAGACUCGAUCAUCAGGAGUCUGGCUUAGUUUCAUAUGUUAAAGAAAACAAACAUCGAAUACCAGAUAUCGUCUCUGCACUUUUACCAACUGAUGUUGAAAUGGAAACUGCCAUGGAAGUCCAGUCAGAACCUCCUGCUAGAUCAAAGAUUGAAGAUUUACUACAUGAAAGUAUGAUCUGGUUACAGUGGUUGAUGUUUGAUGGUGAUCCUAGUGAAGUCCUGCAACGCCUGGCAAUCAUGAAUAUCGGUCAACGUGGUGUUUGUGGGGCUGUUUGGGGUCACAAUGAUAUAGCAUAUCGCUGUAGAACAUGCGAACAUGAUCCCACUUGUGCAAUUUGUGUCCCAUGUUUCCAAAAUGGUAACCACAAAGACCAUGAUUACUCCAUCAUAUAUACAGGUGGUGGAUGCUGUGAUUGUGGGGAUGUGACUGCAUGGAAACGUAGUGGCUUUUGUUCUAAACAUAAAGGAGCUGAACAGAUACAGCCACUUCAACAAGAUGUUGCAAAUACUUUAUCUCCUGUUCUUGAUUCCCUUCUCGUUUUCUGGAAGAACAAACUGCUAUUUGCAGAGAGCAUUCAUCAAGAUCGCGAUCGACCCACUCUUGAUGAUAAUGUUGCAGAACAGAAAAAGGUUGCAGAUGAGCUGACAUCAGCGGUGGUAGGGAUGCUUUUGGAAUUUUGCAAGUGUAGUGAAAGUUUACUCAGUUUUGUUUCUGGAAGGGUAUGCUCUUUGGUUGGUUUGUUGGAUGUUCUUGUAAUGGCAGAGAGGUUUUUAAGCACUGAAGUUGUCCGGAAGCUUCAGGAGUUACUGUUGAAAUUACUAAGUGAUCCUUUCUUCAAGUAUGAGUUUGCAAAGGCUUUUUUACGGUAUUACCCUACAGUUGUGAAUGAAGCUGUAAAAGAGUGUAAAGAUUCUAUUUUUAGAAAGUAUCCACUGCUGCCGACAUUUUCUGUUCAAAUCUUCACUGUUCCUACUUUGACACCACGCCUUGUUAAGGAGAUGGAUCUUUUGGCAAUGCUGUUGGAUUGUUUGACCAAUAUAUUCAGUUCUUGUUCUAGAGAGGAUCAUCGACUACAGGUUUCCAAAUGGGGAAACUUAUAUGAAACAACUCAUCGUGUGGUUGAAGACAUUCGAUUUGUCAUGAGCCAUUCAACAAUUCCCAAAUACAUGACAUGUGACAGGCGUGAUAUCUCAAGAACAUGGAUGAAACUUUUAGCUUUUGUCCAAGGCAUGAGCCCUCAAAAAAGAGAAACAAAUAUUCACAUAGAAGAAGAAAACGAAAACAUGCAUUUACCUUUCGUUUUAGGUCAUUCAAUUGCAAAUAUUCAUGCUCUGUUAGUGGCUGGAGCAUUUUCCAACAAAGAAACAGAAGAUGAAUCAGUUAUUGAUGAACAAGAUAGUUUAAGACAUGCAAAAGUGGGAAGACUUUCACAAGAAAGCUCUGUUUCUAGUGUGACUGGGAGUGGAAGGGGUAGUGAUAGUUUCACAGUGUUGACUUCAAUUUCAUGGUUGACUUUUGAGUGUUUAAGAGCGAUUGAAAACUGGUUGAAAGUGGACAAUACAUCAGGAGAUCUUAAUUCGAGAGGAACCAAUGCUUCUGGUAGUAAUUUCUUUCAGUUAAAGAGAACACUUUCUAAGUUUAGAAAGGGAAAAACUAUCUUCAAGUCACCUUCAAGUAAAACUAUGGGUGGUGGUGUUCAUCAACGUUUGACCGGGUCAAAUGAGACCAUUUCUGCAGGUUUAAUCGAUCAUCAAAUGGAAGGAGAUUAUACAAACGAAUUGGAAUCACUUAGUGUUCUAAGUUUAUCAGAUUGGCCAGAAAUUGAAUAUGAUGUUAGUUCACAGGAGAUAUCAGUACACAUUCCAUUACACCGAUUGCUGUCAUUGGUUUUACAAAGAGCAUUAAAAAGAUGUUAUGGUGAAUCUGAAUCUGAAUCUGAAUCUGGAUUGCCAGCUGUAUAUGGUGAUUUCUUUGGUCAUGUUUUAGGUGGUUGCCACCCGUAUGGAUUCUCAGCUUUUGUAAUGGAACAUCCUUUGCGAAUUAGGGUUUUCUGUAGUGAAGUUCAUGCUGGAAUGUGGAGAAAAAACGGGGAUGCUGCAAUAUUAUCUUAUGAGUGGUAUCGUUCUGUUCGAUGGUCUGAACAGGGUUUAGAACUUGAUCUAUUUCUUCUACAGUGUUGUGCUGCAUUAGCCCCUGCAGAUCUUUAUAUUGCUAGAAUCAUCGAACGUUUUGGUCUUUCAAGUUAUCUUUCCUUAAAUUUGGAAAGAGCUAGUGAGUAUGAAGCGGUUUUGGUACAAGAAAUGCUAAAUCUUAUUAUACAGAUAGUAAAAGAAAGGCGAUUUUGUGGAUUAACUACAGCUCAAUGUCUACAACGUGAGUUAAUCUAUAAGCUAUCAACCGGAAAUGCUACUCAUAGUCAACUGGUCAAAUCCCUUCCUCGUGACCUUUCCAAAGUAGAACAAUUUCAACAAAUUUUAGACACUGUAGCCGAGUAUUCAUAUCCAUCUGGAAUCAAACAGGGUAUGUACAAAUUACGGUUGGAAUACUGGAAAGAGUUGGAUUUGUAUCAUCCUCGUUGGAACUCACGAGACUUGCAAGUUGCAGAAGAAAGAUACUUGCGUUUUUGUAGUGUUUCUGCAUUGAUGAAUCAGCUCCCAAAAUGGACAAAAAUCUAUCCUCCUCUUAAUGGGUUAGCUAAAGUAGCCACAUGUAAAAUAGUUCUUCAAAUCAUCCGAUCUGUUCUUUUCUACGCGCUUUUUACAGAUAAAUUAAUCGCAUCGCGUGCGCCAGAUGGCGUUCUUAUAACAGCAUUGCACUUGUUGUCACUAGCUUUGGACAUUUCUCAAGCACAGAUCGAGUCACAAUCUGGUGGUUUUGAUAAUUCUAUUCCCCUUUUAGUCUUUGCUGCUGAAGAAAUAUCUACAGGGUUGAAUGAUGGAUAUGAUGAUCAAAGCUUGCUGUCGCUUCUUGUGUCGCUAAUGAGGAUAAAUAAGAAGGAAAAUGCUUAUAACUAUGUGGAGUCUGGUGGGUUUGACCUUUCUUCUUUGAUUAAGAAUCUUCUUCAGAAGUUUGCUGAGCUGGAUGCUGGAUGUUUAACAAAACUGCAAAUGUUGGCGCCUGAAGUUGUUAAUCAGUUAUCUUAUUCUGGUGAUGUGAGUAACAACAGUGCACCUGUUUCUGAUAGUGAAAAAAGAAAGGCAAAAGCACGUGAGAGACAAGCUGCUAUAAUGGAAAAGAUGAAGGCUCAGCAGUCAAAGUUCAUGGAGAAUAUGACAGAAGACACUGGCUUAGAUGACACAAAUGACCCUGAAGAAAGUCUUCCUGAUGUCACAAAUGAUUCAGAUGUACAAGUUGUCUGCUCUCUUUGUCAUGAUGCAAAUUCCAAGAUUCCUGUCUCUUUUCUAAUUCUACUCCAGAAAUCCAGGCUUGUGAGUUUACUUGACAAAGGUCCCCCAUCAUGGGAAAAAGAAGCUCAAAGAUCUGGAAAGGAACAAGUCAAUGAGGACACAUUGACUGUUAAAUCAUCUGAAACAGUAAAUUCCCAGUUAAUGGAAGUCAUUCAGACUGCAAUUAAUGAAUUUGCAUCCACUGGUCAACCAAGAGAGGUUGAUGCUUUUCUGGAGUUUAUAAAAACCCGAUUCCCUUCUCUCAACAAUAUAAAUAUUCCUCCUCAAACAGCACAUGAUAGUAGUCAAAGUCAACAAACCACAGCUUCAGCUUCGGGUGAUGCAUUUGAAGAAGAUAUGUACACACUCAUUCUGGAUGUUAUGGAAAAUAAUGUGGGGGAAUCAGACGUUUUGAUUGAUGAGGUGGAUUUUUCGAUUCCUGGAAGUAGUUCAUACAGUAGUUAUGAUACAAAUGAAUCUCUUUUGCUUGGAAAGUACAUUGCCUCUCUCUCUCAUGAAGUUGUAAAUAAUCCAUCAUCAUCAUCAUCAUCUUCAUCAGAAAACGUGGGGUCCCCUAAUGGUAAGCCACAGAUAGGUGCUUCAGUUACUUCACGGUUGCCAUAUGAUGGAUUUGGGCCUUCGGAUUGUAAUGGCAUUUAUGUUACUUCUUGUGGCCAUGCUGUCCAUCAAGGUUGCCUUGAUCGUUAUCUACGCUCCCUGAAGGAAAGAUACACAAGAAGGAUUGAUUUUGAAGGAGGACAUAUUGUGGAUCCGGAUCAGGGGGAGUUUUUAUGUCCUGUUUGUCGGGGCCUUGCAAAUUCUGUCCUACCUGAUUUGCCUAGAGAAGGAACGAUAAUGAAGGAGAGUGUAGCAUCCAAAAUUCCAAAUCUGUCCCCCAUGGAUGCUGCUAACUACGAAUCAUCUGAACAUCUUCUUCUUCUUAAACAAUCCCUCUCUCUUUUACAAGCUUCUGCAGAUGUUUCUAGAAGGAACGAGUUCCUCAAAUCUUUUCCAGUAAAACACAAAGGAGGAACAGGGGCGAAUCUUGAAUCUGUGGUUCAUUUACUACAUGAAAUGUAUUUUCCAGGAAAUGAUAAAAUCUCAGGAUCAAGUCGAUUGAGCGACUCCAUGAUCAUGUGGGACACACUCAAGUAUUCCCUUGUGUCUACAGAAAUUGCUGCUAGAUCUGAAAAAACUUCACAUGCCACCAAUUAUAGCGUUAGUUCAUUGUAUGAGGAAUUAAGAUCUUCCAGUGGCUUCAUUUUGUCAUUGUUGCUGAAAAUUGUCCACAGCAUCCGUUCCCAAAAUUCUCUUGAUGUUCUUUUAAGAUUAAGGUGUAUUCAACAGUUUGCAAAGUCUAUACAUGCUGAUACUCUCAAUGAACUACCUGGUCAUACAAACAGAGUUGAAGAAAAUAUGAUGAGCAUAUUGGAAAAUGCUGACAUGGGCAUACGAUUCCCUGAUGUACAGUUUUGGACCAUGGCAUCCAAUCCUGUCCUUGCAUCUGAUCCCUUUUCAACUUUAAUGUGGAUCCUCUUCUGUCUUCCAGUCCCAUUUAUGUCCUCUGAGAAAUCAUUCUUGCCUCUUGUUCAUAUGUGCUAUGUUGUCUCCAUUACUCAGGCUGUAAUAACAUAUUUUGGGAAAAACGAAUCUGCUAUGGAUGAUUUCAGUUACCAUGAAUCUCUCAUCACAGACAUAUACAAAUUCAUGGGUGAACACGUGUUGAUACGUCAAUAUUUUGUUUCCAAUUAUAUUGAUAGUUCUCGUGAUAUUAAGGAGACAAUUCGUAGCUUGAGCUUUCCAUUCUUAAGAAGGUGUGCACUGUUAUGGAAAUUAAUGAACUCUUCAAGUUUAGCACCGUUUAGUGGGGCCCAUAGAUCAUCACAAUCAUUUGAAGAUAGAAUGGAUUUUGCUUAUGGUUUUGCUGAAGAGUUUGUUGAAAUUGAAGAGUUGGAGAAGAUGUUCAAGAUUCCAACAUUAGAGAACAUUGUUAAUGAUGAGGUGUCACGUUCUCUGGUUUUAAAAUGGUUGAAUCAUUUUGCUAGAGAAUUUGAAGUAGGGGUUUUGUACAAAACCCCUGUUGUCCCAUUUAAGUUGAUGGUUUUGCCUUACCUCUACCAAGAUCUCUUACAAAGGUACAUAAAACAGAAGUGUGUUGACUGUGGAGCAGUUCAAGAUGAACCUGCAUUAUGCUUGUUGUGUGGUAAAUUGUGCUCACCAAGCUGGAAGACAUGCUGCAGGAAUAACAAGUGCCAAACUCAUGCAAUGUCUUGUGGUGCUGGUACUGGUGUGUUUCUUUUAAUCAGGAAAACCACAAUAUUACUUCAAAGAUCUGCACGUCAGGCACGUUGGCCAUCUCCAUACUUGGAUGCAUUUGGUGAAGAGGAUGUUGAAAUGCAUAGGGGAAAGCCAUUGUAUCUGAACGAGGAACGCUAUGCAGCAUUGAGUCAUAUGGUGGCUUCUCAUGGACUUGAUCGUAGUUCAAAAGUGUUGCAUCAGACAUCAAUUGGAGCUUUUCUAAUGCUAUAGAGAUAUAUAUAUAUAUAAUAUAGUCUUCAUGUGACCUAUACUUCUACUCUACUGGAGGGUCAGGGUCAGGGGAGUGGCAGAUUGGGUAGGAAAUUAAGAUGAAUUUUUCAUGUUCAUGGUUAGGUGUUUAGGAGGGCUUGAGAGAAGGUUAUUGAUGAAGCCAAGUUGCAGACACACAUACAGGGUUGAUUGGUGCACUCAAUUCGUAUGCUGAUGAAACAUUUGACUAAAGAAAGAGUCGUUGGGUGGGGGGGUGGGUAUAUGUAAAUGUAUAUGUGCAAGUGGGCUGUGUUGGUGGUGUAUGUGUGUAUGUUUGUGUUGCAGAUGCAGGAUUUGAAUUGACAUGCAACCAGAAAUGUUUUAUUUGUCAAGUUUUCUUUAAAAUUUCAAAAAAGUAAAGCGUUCUUUUAGUUAAAAUCUAAA